AUGGACGAGGCCAGCGAAGAGGCUGCCAGUGGCGGGGAAGACGGCGGCGGCGGCGGCUGCCGCCCUUUCCCGCGCCCGCUGAACGGAGCAACGGCCGGGCUAAGAGGCAACCUGCACGGAGGCGGCAACACCAGCAUCAGCAACACGGGCUUUCCGCCGGCACCACCUGCAGCCAUCGCCACCGAUGCCCGUGCUGCUGGGGGUCAUCAAGGCACCAGCAGUGCAACAGCAGCAAUAAUGCCCAAGCCUCCCCGUAAGGGUCAGCGAGGCAUGCCUCUCAUGCAGUGGGUGUGGCCGGCCAACAGCGGCCUGGCGAGGGUGGGAUCGGAGUGGUUUCGGGGGGCAGGAUCGGGCGCGGACGGCGGCGGGACGGGCGGAAAGGACCAGCAGCAGCAGCAACAACAGCAGCAACAGCAGCAGGAGAAUCGCGUGAGACUACAGGGAAGGACCCAGAAAUCGUCUGUGGUUGUGGGGACGGUGUGCCAACCGGUGAGGCCGACAAGGCUGGAUCUGACGGCGAGUCAAGGGUACCCCACGUCCUCUCGAGUGAUCUACACGGCGAAGGGCGGGCACGCCAGCAGCACCCACGCCCACGCCAAGGGGGACGCCCUGACAUUGACGAUGGCGGCGGUGGCGGCAGCGGCGAAGAGCGCGAGCGCUCGGCCGUCGGCCCUCAAGCUGCCGUCGUCUCCGCACCCGGCCGACGACGCGUCGCCGUGGCUCGACAGCCUGGGCCGCAGCUUCGGCGGCGGCGGCGGCGGCGGGCGCAGCCGCGGGUACAGCGCCCACUCGGUCAGCGCCGCCGGCCUGCUGAGCCCCCGGUACCUCCAGUCCACGACCGUGUCGCAGGCGAAGGCGGUGGAGCCGUCCGGAAAGAAUCACCAUCGCGCGGAGCAAAAGCAACGCUCCUCAAGGCGUAGCAACGGCGGUGGCCAGAGCGACGUCGGAUUUGGCGCCUGCGGCGGGGGAUUUGGUGGAGGCAUGUUGGAGAGCCUGGGGGGCUUCCUGGGGAUCGGGAGGGGGGGCGACGGCACGCCUUGGGCGACCGGGGCGGUAGGCGGCGGCGGCGGCGGCGGCGGCGGCGGCGGCAGCGGGAAAGACGCGGCGGGGUGGGGGAAGAGCAAGAGGGCGGGGAGAAGUAACGCUGGGAAUAAUCAUGCGGCUCGUGGCAGCAGCAUCGGCCCCGUUGGGGAAGGAAAAAUCGGCAGCAACGUGUUUAGUCGACUACGAAACAGGUCCACGGACGGCACCCAUUCUCGGUAUGGCAACGUUAAGGUCAGAGCCCCAUCGAGCGGCGGCGGCGGCGGCGGCGGCGGUCGUCAAGGUCUCAAGCCGCCGCCGGAGGACGAGUACGCUCAGCGCUCGAGGGUGUUGUUGCGGAGAGACGAGCGCGAGGUCGUGACGAUGCACACGCCCGGCGUGUUGCGCCCGGAGGGUGUUAAGCUGCGCGUGGUGAAGGCGUCUGGGAGAACGCUAGAGGACACCAAGUUCCACAUGGAGAUACGCACGCUGAGACCAGGCCAGGUGUGGUCGGUAUGCCGGAGGUACAAGGACUUCCAGAGCCUGCACUCGUGCCUCCAGGCGACGUUCCCGGCCCUGGUGCUGCCGCGGUUACCCCGCCCCCCGACCGGCGGCGGGGGGAUGGCCCUGGAGCCGGCGACGCUGGAGAGGGCGAGGGCGGGUCUGCAGGCGUACGCGGCGGCGGUGGUGGGCAGCGUGCCCGCGGCAUGGGGCCUGGAGGAGCUGGUCAUGUUCCUGGACUCGGAGGAGAAGGGGAGGAGGCUCUUUUCGUCCAGGAAGAGGAAGAAGAAAGAGGCGACGCGAAGGAUUGUUGCGUUACCAUCACCUGCCGCCGAAAAGGAGGAGGAGGAGGAGGAGGAAGAGGAAGAGGAAGAAGAAGAGGAAGAAGAGGAGGAGGAGGAGGAGGAGGAGGAGUUCAAACCAGUCGCCAGAAAAGCGGCGGCCUUCCCACCCGACCUGGUGUCGCCGAAAGCGGGAACGCCCGGCGUUGGCUUCGGCCAGAAGUCCCUCCUGGACCUGAAAGUGGAGGAGAAGAAGCUGGCCCUGGCGGCCUUGGAGGGCGCGGCGGCUAACCACUUCGACGGCGUCGGUGCGGUGAUGAACGCGGCGGUUUCCUUCUCCGAAGACUCGGACGACGACGCCUCGCAGGAGUUCGGGGAGGAGAGCGACUUCAUCGACGGAGAGGACGCGAUCCGAGCCAUGCUGGACAGGGAUGCCGAUGAGGCAGAGGACGACAACCUCUUCAGCAUCCCCGCGGGCACCGACUUCGGCAUCCCGCUGGACGACGACGACGACGACGAUGACGACGACCAAGAUUGCAGUGCGGACGCCUUUGACAUCACGUACCACGGUUGA